UGAUUUUCUUAAGGACAUCAAAAGCCACCUGUGAGAUGCUCACUUAAGCGAACGACUGCGGUCGGGAGAGAGAAGUGAGAAUCAUGUCAUCGUUCAACGGCUCUUUCGGUGACGAGUCGCCACUCAACUACUCCACUCGCCCCUUCGCCGGCGAUGGAUACAUCGGUUAUGAUUCUCGCAUACCUUCCUCUCGAUUCGAAUCCUUCAGCAACUUCGAUAACGACUCGCUCAAGGACUCCGCCGGAGACUCGUCACCGAUCUUCACCUCCCAGGCAUAUAGCGCCGGCGAUGACAUGUUCUCCUCUCAGCCAGUGAGUGAGAGUCUGUCAUCGAUCUAUUCUGGUGGUGGUGCAGGAUUCCCGACGUUCCCUCUGGAGCAGAACGGCCAGGGAUUUAACGGAGGUUUUGGCGUAUCUAACGGUCCGAUCUUGCCACCUCCAGCAGAGAUGAAGCCAGAGGAUGGUUUUGCAUUGAGAGAGUGGCGAAGGCAGAAUGCGAUUAGGCUUGAAGAGAAGGAGAAGAAGGAGAAAGAGAUUUUGCAGCAGAUAAUAGAGGAGGCAGAAGAGUAUAAGAGAGAAUUUUACAGAAAGCGCCAAUUGAAUGUUGAGAAGAAGAAGGCGUCUAAUAGGGAGAAGGAGAAGCUGUUUUUGGCAAACCAAGAAAUUUUCCAUACUGAAGCUGAGAAGAAUUACUGGAAGGCAAUUGCAGAGCUCAUUCCUCAUGAAGUGCCAGCCAUAGAGAAAAGAGGAAAGAAAGAUCAAGAGAAGAAGAAACCAUCCAUCGUCGUGAUCCAGGGGCCGAAGCCUGGAAAGCCAACUGAUUUGUCAAGGAUGCGUCAAAUACUUGUGAAGCUUAAACAUAAUCCCCCUCCUCACAUGAAUCCCAAACCACCACCAUCAGCAGAAUCAAGUAAAGUUGCUAAGGCUGCACCGCCUGCUGCCACAACUACUCCAAAUGCAACUUCCACUAAGGCUGCAGCAACACCUGAGGCGGUAGCAGCUGCUUGAGAACCAAAACUGCUUAGUGUUGAAUAUGUAUGUGAAUGUAUGUAACUGUGAUUUUAAAGAGUCAAGUCUGACAUUGAACAAUACAACAUGGGAACCUGGCAUAUGAUUGAGCAUGUUAGGCAUCAAGCAGUUGUUGUGUGGAAAGAUUGUGUGAUUGGGAAAAUUUCUCUGCAGAAAGCUGGUAAAUGAUUGAGCAUGUUGUGAGUAUUUUGUUUGCUUUUAGUUUUGAUGGGCUGUUAUGCGUGAA